AUGGGGAAGACAACCGUGGCGAUUAAAGUGGCAAACGACAUACUGAAUUCUGAUGUACGUACCGUGGUGAUCUACGUUAACUGUAGGAACAUAAAACUAUUUGAUGAUUUUGCAAAGGAGGUUCUUCAGCAAGUCUAUCACUUUCCUGUGGAGAAUCCAAUAGCUGAGCUGAAAAAUCGCUUGAAAAGCCAAGAUUUUUACACGAUUUUGGUAUUGGAUAAUCUUGAAUUUAUACUUUAUUUGGAUGACAGAAUGCAGCUCCCUGGAAAUGAAUUGUCACUCCAGCAGAAGAGCCCAUCUGAGGAAGGAUCGAAGAUUAAGAAUCUUAUCAAUGAAAUUUUAAUGGUUGCAAGCAAAGUCAAGCUUCUCGUCACAUCCUCAGAGAAAGUUUGUUUUCCGGAAGCAGGUCGAGAAAUACUUCAUCUGUCGUCUUUUACGCCAGAAGAAUCCAUUAACCUUUUGAGAAAAGUGUGGAAGGAUGGGCAAGUCGAUACAACCCAAGCACAUGACUUGUCAGAGAUUUGCAGCGGUAUUCCCUUGAUCCUUUACACCCUAGCCUCCUCCCACCGUAACCUGCGAAGUCUCUUGGAAGAGAUGAACUCUUCUACGCCUCAAGAAAAAUUCGAUUUCUUGGCAAAGAUUCAAACGGUAUCAGCGGAUAAAAAGAUCGACGUUUGUAUCGAUCAUUGCUUCGAAAGGCUUGUUUCGAUAGAAAAGUGUGCCCUUAUCAGAUUUGCAUUACUCAGAGGGCGUUUUUCUUUGUCUGAAGCGAUGAAAAUAUUUCAAUCAACGGAGAUGAGUGCGUCUCAACUCAGACGAUGUGGACUGGAACUGUCCAAGCGAUCACUUUUAGAAGAACACAUUAUUGGAGAUGAAUGCUCCUAUACCCUCCUUCGAGUAAUUCGUGAUUAUUGUGAAACUAAAGCAAUGGAGCAGGAGUUUUGUGAAGUGAUCUUAGAUGCUCGGAGGGCGUUUAUCCUUCAUUUUUUAACCUUUCUGGAAGACAUCUUUAAAAUGUUCCUGAGCCAGAACGCGUCAGAAGCUAUUGCAGCCUUUCAGAAAGAUGAGGCAAAUGUCAUGCAGCUCGUUGAAUGGUGCAGAAAUGGUCAAAUGGAUGAAGAUCAAACAGGAAAGUGCAUUGAUGUUUUCAACAACGUGGCGGAGCUACUGGCAAAGAUGAUGGCAAAGGCCAAAUUUAAAUUUGCCUUUGAAUCUUUACGAACGAGAUGCGAACAGAUGGAAGAUCAGACGAGACUGAGCGAUUGCCUCACAUCCUUGGGGAUGAAAGAAGUAUUCAGCUGCUCCUGUCCUCCAAUUGGUCUGUGUGCUUCCGCCGCUGAAAGAGCCAAAGAAUACUUCACGAGGGCUGACCAAAUCCAGGAUAAUCUUGGAGUUAGAACCGGUAACAGCCGAGCUCAGUGCCUUGCCAAACUUGGUCGAUGUCUCGCCAAAGAAGGCUAUUUUGAGGAGGCAAAUGAAAAAGUCCAACAGGCAAUCAACAUUCGAUGGGCUCAAGGAGAGGAUGACAUCGUUAUGCUCGGUGCAACGUUUAAUGAUCAGGGAGGUAAGUGUACAGAAUGAUUAAGUACCAAAUUAAUUUGCGAGCACAAUGAUCAUACAUUUUGCAAGGCAGUUUGUGAGAUCGUAUUUUAAGGUUAUAUUGAGCAUUUGUUUAAGUAUGAAUCUUCAAAAUCGAUGAUAAAAGAUUCACGAUUAAAAAUGAUGUACAAAUUGUGGCCUGUGCUCUGAGCGAAAAAAAGCAAGAGAAGCAUCCAAAUCCACCAUUAUGAUUCUAGCCUCUCAUUAGUCAAGAUUAAACUGAAUAGCCGUCAUUCAUUUAGUCUGGACCUUGAAAGGAUGCUUAGAACAUUGAGAAAGUGAAUUUUAUUGAAAGGUGUCUUCAUAAUGUUUGUAAUCAACUACUAGAUAAACGAAAUCCUUCACACGAAUUAUAAUGUAUACUAUUUUAAAGGGGUUUACGGCUGCUUCAAAAAUCCUUUCUUUAAGAAAACUAAAAUCACUUUUACUACCUCUCUUUACAUCUUCAUGGUCAGCCGAAAAUGACUGAAUUGGAAGUAUUGUAUUAUUUUAUCACUUCUUGAAGGAUAAGCAUCUUUACAUAUUCAGUGAUAAAACUGUGAUUUCCUUGUUAGUGAUCCUUUCGCUCGAGGAAAAUCAUGAGCAGGCAAUCGAGGUCAGAGAAGAUCAGACGCUACCCAUUUACAGAAGAACACUGGGUGAACAUCCUUUCACUGCAACUAUCCUCAACAAUCUGUCAAACAAUUAUUAUGCCCUGAGAAAGUACAACGAUGCAGAACGAUGUUCGAAAGAAGCUUUGGAGAUUCGGCUCAAGUUGCUGAAGGACCAUCGAGACACCGCCAAGUCGCUUUUUGAUCUUGCGAUGGUUCAUAAAAUGAAGGAAGAAUUCGGACCAGCCAAGGAUUGUCUUGAAAGAUGCGAGGCCAUGCAAAAGAAAAUAUUGGAUGAGGGAAACGACGCUUUUAAAAGGUAA